UGCAGAUUUCAGCGCCCUGGCUUUUGCAGAGCCCCGUAGGAAGCGAUCCCAGCGCUCUUACCCAUCUGCUGCAGAGGAUGCUUUGACAGAUGCAUACAAAGAGACCGUUCCCGGGUCUCACUUUCUGUGCCUUCUACCUGGCCACCUACCUCACGAACAAGUAUGUUCUGUCUGUCUUGAAAUUCACCUACCCCACCUUAUUCCAAGGGUGGCAGACAUUAAUUGGUGGACUUUUGCUUCACAUUUCUUGGAAACUUGGCUGGGUGGAGAUCAACAGCAAUUCCAGGGCCAAGGUUCUGUCAUGGCUUCCCUCUUCAAUGCUGUUUGUGGGGAUAAUCUACGCAGGUUCUAGAGCGUUAUCUAAAUUGUCCAUUCCGGUGUUCUUCACAUUGCAUAAUGCAUCGGAAGUUAUUGUCUGUCUGUACCAGAAGUUUAUUUCAAAAGAGCUUACAUCUCCUGCAAAAAUCUGGAGUGCUGCCUUCCUCCUGGUUGCCGCAGGAUGUCUCCCCUUUUAUGACUCAGAAUUUGAUCAAGCUGGGUAUUUCUGGGCUGCCGUUCACUUGUUCUGUGUAGGGUCUUACAAAAUACUUCACAAGGCCCAGAAAUCCAACAUGUUAAGUGACAUCGACCAGCAGUACCUAAACUACAUAUUUAGCAUGGUCCUGUUGGCCUUUGCAUCUCAUCCCACAGGUGAUCUCUUCAGUGCCCUGGAGUUUCCAUUCCUGUAUUUUUACAGAUUCCACACCAGCUGCUGUGCCAGUGGAUUCUUGGGAUUCUUUUUGAUGUUAAAUUCAGUGAAGCUAAAAAACAACAUGGCUCCAGCACAGCACACAGCCUGGAUUUUCUUUGCCAAGGUUAUGACAGCUGGUUUCUCAAUAUUUCUGUUUGACACAGUCCUGGACAUUGCAAUGGUAGCUUGCCUUCUACUGGGUGGACUUGGAGAAGCCUUGCUGGUUUAUUCAGAGAGGACGAGCACAUAGAGAAGAGAAGGAGGAUAAAAUCGACAAGCUGCAAAUACCGAAGGAAAAAGCAAGAGCUCUGUGUGGAUGGAACAGAUAAAAUGAAAACAGUGGGAGUAUUGGGAGCCAUGGACAGGUUCACUACUUCCUCAGGAGAAGGGCAGGCUCAGAGAAAACAAAAUCUGUUCCUAAGGAUGAUGGAGGGGUAACCCUCUUGAUGUUGUAAUUAUUAGGACCACCUGGAAAAACUCGUUAGGGCUAUGAGUGGCUGCCUAUGGCUGUCUUUAGUGUCUCUCAGCACCAUCUUACUAGAGACACACACGUGGUCAUUCGGUGCCCACAUUUCCCUCAGCCCCUUUGUGGAGAGAGGAGUAGUAGAAUCUUCCCUGGGAUUUUCCCAGACCUUUUUGGAAGCCUAGGAUUCAUUUUUAUACUAAACCGACUCAUUUUAUAUUAAAUGCCCCUUUUUGAGUCUCCCCUUUACCAGCCUCCAACACUAUCUCACAACUGUAUGGCAGAGGGCCCUGGGUGUAUUUUAAAUGUUUAUGGUCUCUUCUGGGAAUUCACUGUCCUAAAUUCUCCUGUCUGUCCUGACAAAGAACUGCAGAAUUCACUCUCGUGUGCAGCAUCUGGAGAGCAUUCCUUGGGAAGGAGUUGAUUUGUGAGAAAUUGAAUGGCCAUGCAGGGCUAUGCUAGAAAUCAGCAAGGCAGCCCAACUUCUCUGUUGUGAGCUCAAAAGCUUAGGUUUUGGGUUUUUUUUUUUUGUCAUUGUCAUUGCUUUUCCUUCCUUCUCACAGAUUUCUCUGAACUCUCAUCAAGUGUAUGUUGCAUUUAUUUGUUAAUUCUGCACAUUGUUUCAUUUCCUGCAAGUUGAAAACUUAAGUUAGCACUAAAUUAUCACCAAAGUUUUAUAAGCACUGUUGAAUGUCCUGGAUAGUAAAAGAUACUCCCCUUUCCCUGCCCAAAACACUAAAUUAUCACCAAAGGGAGCUAGUUUUUUAAGCACUGAUGGAUGUCCUGGACAGUAAAAGAUACUCCCCUUUCCCUGCCCAAAACAACCUGCAUUCCCCAAAGCUUCAAAUUAGUUAAUUCCAUGGCAUCCCAGAAGUUGUGAAUCACUUCACAAGAAAACAGAUUAGAUUAAGAAUUGGAUUGAAAAUGUUAUAACCCUGUCAGUGUCCCUUAUAAGAACAAAAGGAGAAUUUAUAAAAAAUAGAAAAUAGGAUUUACAUGGGAUGAGAAUUGGAUUUGGGAUCCACAAGGAAGGCGUUGAGUAAAUCAUCAAGAUUUGGCUCCAAAAAAAAAAAAAUUUCUGUUUACAGUUGCCUUUGUCAAGGUAAUACUACCUUCCCCUAAUUUACAGAGCUUUGGCCUUUUGUAACAUGGCAGGGAAGCUGUCUCCUGGAAGAUUGUACUGUUACCAAGUCACAGAGGCCAUUGUCAGGGGUUGGAAGCCCAGCUUAGCCACAUACUGCUCUGUUCUAAAGAAGCCCUGUGCUUUCAUGGAAGGUAUUGGCUGAAUAGUAUUUCCUUGUUUCUAAAUAAUCAUCCCAUCCAUCCGUCCAUCUGCCCUGUGACUGUCCUCCCCACCAAUCCCUCCUCCUUAUCUGGAGCAGCAGCAUCUCUGAACUAAUGGCCACCACCCUGGGGAAGUCAGUUCACUCAGUUUUGGAACUGCUUUGGGGCCAAUCUACCUGUUUUGCCUGGUGAGUAGAUGUAAUCUCACCUAACCCACUGUGUCCAGCCCAACAUGGGAGUGUAUCUGACUGCUGAAGGGCUCCACUUGCUGUCCCUUGACUCUCUGCACACCUUGGCUUUAAUAUCCUUCUCUGGCCACUGCUCUCUAUGUGUUACCCGCCCCUGACUCAGCCCCUCCCCUGCCCCCCAAUAAAAUGUUAGCUCCUUGAGGGCAAGUGAUGUCUCAGUUUUAU